UUGCAACCACUAGUUGACUGCAGACUUGCAGCUGUAGACAAAGUGUCUGUGGUUGACUCGACCUCCUGUCAAUGCUGUAUUCAUUCUGUCUCAGAAGAGCAAGAUGGUGGCAGUACAAAAGGAUUACUGGUACUUCAUGGUACUCAUGAUGUCGCUCUGUUUGCUUAAAGGUUCAUUUCAGAUGAAAGCUCCAGAAACUACAGUCACACUGCAGGAGGGAAUGAUUUUGGACUGCCUGUGCCCAUGGGACGGUCAGCUCACAAUGGUCUCUUGGACUAAAAAAUCUCUUUCGCAACCUUUAGCUGUUUAUCAUCCUCAGUUAGGCACCAACUAUGCCCCGUCUUAUGACGGUAGAGUGGCGUUUGUGAAAUCCACAACUAUGGAUGGCAGCAUUUCCAUAAUGAACGUUAGUCUAAGCGACAUCGGUCACUACCAUUGCUCUUUGCAGACCUAUCCUCAGGGAUCAUGGACCAAAGACACUUUUGUUGAAAGAAGAGCAAUCACCACCAACAACUUCUCUAUUCAACCUUAUACUGAGUUGGUGGUUGCAGAAAAUGACAACCUGACCAUUAAAUGUGACCACGUGCACGAAGGUGAGGUUUACCAAGUGAGCUUAGAAAAAGUGGAUCCCAAGGAUGGCAGCAGCAAUAUUAUAGCAACGUGUCAGAUGCUGAACGACGGUGUGGAGCUAAAGGAGUUCAGCAGUGAAGGAAGAGUGAACUGUAGUGAUGCUAUGGAGGUCAGUCUACAACUGACUAGCGUUAUUGAAGAUGAUGGAGGAUUUUAUCGUUGCAACUUCACUACAGAUGCUGGGGUCCAAUCCACUACAGUCCUGCUGACCACUCGAUCUGCCCAAGAGUUCAGAAGUUUUUGGAAUAUGCUGUAUGUGUAUAUUGGAGUAGGAGUGGCUGGUGGCGCUCUUCUGAUAGGUCUCGUGUUACUGGUGACGUGGGCGAACAAGCGGAAAAGAAAGAGAGAGGAGUACAGAAUCAAACUGCACCCCGACAAAAGACAGCGUAACCACUAUGAACACAGCUGCGUGUAUGACAGGAUGAAAAAAGGGACCAGAACUGGGGCAAGAGAUAAAGAAAUAUACGUAAACUUUCAUAUAGUGAAAGCGCAUGAGAAACACAAACGAAAACAGAAGAGAUAAACAAUCAACAUCCUGUGACUGUUCCCAUUCACACGAUGGACCAAACUGUAUCUGAAUACAAAACAAGCAUCAUUGCCGAAUAAUGGCACACUUUGGCACAUGAAUGUAAAUGGAUGUAUCAGAGGGGCAAAGAAGAAAUUCAUAAUAAUGCAAGAAACAGCAUAAAAGUCAUCAUUUGAUAACCUACCGUCAUCAUCAUCUUCAUUACAUUAACCAUUCAACUAACUCAAGUCUGGCCCCUUAACAUACAUUUCAUUGCAUAAAGCACUGGAUUUUGCUUAUGACCACAUUGGGGGAGAAAGUCCUUUUUGCUCCGUUAAGUCUGUUUGACAGGUAAUCUGUUUAUGGAGGUUUCUGGGUGAUUGCUUUAAAAGCCCUGUGUACGCUAAGCAUGGUCCAUUGUGAGCAACCAAAGUAACAUUUUAGUCACUCUAAUCAUCACAAGAUUGGACAAAAGUGGGGUUUUGAGUGGAUGAAUCCUCAAAAAAUGACAUCCCGUCUCAGUUUGAGCACAAUCAUGUUUUCUUUACAGAAAUGGAAGUACAGAGAAUGAGGAAUCGAAGACUCCAUUACUGAUAAGAGAACCGAAAAUACUUCAGCGCUUACAUUCAGUUCCAUGGCAGAGUUUUUUUUCUUUAUUUUCUUUGUGUGAAAUCAAGAAAAGUACAUUUUUAAAUUAUUUGAAUCAUUUGGUAUAAGAUUUGAUCUUGAUGAACUGCGAAACAUUUGCAGGAAUAAAAUGAAUCAUAAAU